CACCACUCUCACCUCACACUGCACCAUGUCGACCGCCGUGUCCCAGGUCGCCUCCCAGCUCCAGCCCUUCCUCGAGCAGGCUCGCGCCCUCUUCGAGCGCUACCCGCGCCUCAUCACGUCCACUACCCUUGUGGCGGUAACUAUUCCCUGGUUCGUCGACAACUUCCGCAAAUGGGACGCUCUCGGCGGGUUCGGCGCCCCUAAGCCCAUAGGCUACACCUUCGCUAUGCUCACGCUGCCCCUGGGCCGCGAGACGCUGUCUACUGAUAUGUACGACGCCGAUCCGGACAAGACUUCCUGGAUCGCCGACGCGCACACUAUUCCAGAGCGCAGAGGGGACAGGCCCAAGACAGGCUGGCACUUCUUCCCACACAGGCAGCUCGACCGGUACCCCAGCCCGGAAAUUCGACAGCGCCUCGUAGAGAUAUUCGACAAGCAUGCCGCAGCGAACACCAACCUGGUAGAGGUUACCCUCUCUCCUCGUGAGCGCUCGAACGAUGCCAUCGUGAUCAAGUCCUCGCUGCCUAGCCCGCACCCCGUGGCCAAGAAGGCGCUGCGCGAGAUUGCACACUGGCACCACCUCGACCACUCCAUGCACAUGAUCAUGGCGCCCCAGGAUUGCAAGCUUGUGAUUGAACGUGGCUGGGGCGAGAGACAUCCCGCUAGCGGCAGUUUCAUGCUGAACAAGGAGCAGGUUCUCAUCUAUUCUCCCCGUGACGAGGAAGAGCUCGAGGUGGUCGAGCGCCUUUUGAUUGCCUCUAUGGGAUACAUGACCAACUCCAAAAUCAUCAAUUGAGCUCAUCUUCGUUUCUCGUCUCGUGGUGAACUUGUCUUAUCUAUGUUAUUUGUAGUUCUUUACCAC